AUGGCAGCAAAUGAUGUGCCUUGUUGUGAACCCAUGUUCGGGGUAUAUCUAGUCAUAUCUGUGAUCCUGGUGGCCUUUGCUGGUCUCAUGUCUGGUCUCACUCUGGGACUCAUGUCCCUUAGCCUUGUUGAUCUUGAGGUCCUCUUGAAGGCUGGUCGGCCCGAAGACCGGAAAAAUGCAGCAAAGAUUCUGCCUUUAGUAAAGAAUCAACACUUGCUCCUAUGUACCCUUCUGAUAUGCAAUUCCAUGGCAAUGGAGGCCUUGCCAAUUUUCCUAGAUGCGCUUCUCCCGGCUUGGGGUGCUGUGUUGAUAUCAGUCACCCUCAUACUUGCCUUUGGUGAGAUUAUCCCUCAGGCUGUGUGUUCUCGGUAUGGACUGAGUGUGGGUGCAAGACUCUCAGUAGUGGUUCGGUUGCUUGUCAUAAUUGUCUUCCCUAUAUCGUACCCAAUUAGUAAGGUAUAA